UCUCUUUCUUUUGUUGUACCACAAUUCUGACCGUUAAGGCAUGUCCAUUUGUAAACGUCGAUAGGUUGAAUAGUAGGUUCCAUUAAUUGAAACCUGCCAUCCAACGGUUGGAAUGUAUGCAACUUGUCUGUAGGAUUCAGUAGGAUUCAAGGAUUAUAAAAACAAGUUGGUACAGUAGGUGUAUUAUAAUAUAAUAUAUACUUUUCUUUCCUGUUUUCAUUUUUACUGAAAAAUAUGUAAAAACAAACAGCUGCAGUAAUUCAAAAAGAAUAUUAAAAAAGAGCACGAAGGUGCAUCUUCGUAUUUAUCCUUAGAAUUAGUCAUAAUACUGUACUGGCUUUAGGUAAAAUAAAGAUGAACGUAAUUGCGGCGGUUAAGGCGUAUGUAACAAAAAUGACCGAUGAAAAUGAGCCGGGGAUGAAAAUUCUUUUAAUGGACAAAGAUACCACAAGCACAAUCAGUAUGGUUUGUGGUAAAUCAGAAAUUCAGCAAAAAGAAGUUUAUUUAUUAGAACGAAUUGACAAUAUUAACGCUAAUUCAAACGUGGGGCUGAAUUAUUUGAAAUGCAUAGUGUUAUUAAGACCAACUCCACAAAAUGUUGACUUAUUGUCCAAGGAAUUGAGGAACCCAAGAUAUGGAUCAUAUUACAUUUAUUUUACUAAUAUUGUAGCAAAGGCAGAUAUUAAGAUACUUGCUGAAAGUGAUGAACAGGAAGUUGUAAAGGAAGUUCAAGAAUUAUAUAUGGAUUAUCUAGCUGUGAAUCCUCAUUUAUUUUCUGUGGGCCUGUUUAAAUGCAUAGAUGGAUUAUCAUUUCCGUCACACUUUCUGAUAAGAACAGUGCAAAGUUUAUCUGCAGUGCUACUUUCACUGAAAAAAACACCUUUGAUUCGUUACCAAAGAAAGUCAAAGUUUUGUAAAGAACUAGCACAAAAAUUAGAUGAACUCAUUAAUAAAGAAUCCUCAUUGUUUGCUUUUGGUCAAAAUAGUUAUCCUGUUUUAUUAAUACUGGACAGAAGGGAUGACCCGGUGACUCCUCUACUUAAUCAAUGGACAUACCAAGCUAUGGUUCAUGAACUUUUGACUAUAAAUAACAACCGAGUUAAUCUAUCCAACAUUCCUGGAGUAUCCAAAGAGCUUUCAGAAGUGGUUUUAUCAGCAGACCAAGACUCCUUUUAUGCAAAAAAUAUAUUUUUAAAUUUCGGUGAAAUUGGCCAAAAUAUCAAAGAAUUAAUGGAGCAUUUUCAAGCAAAAGCUAAAAGUCACCAAAAAGUAGAAAGUAUAGCAGAUAUGAAAGCAUUCGUAGAAAAUUAUCCCCAGUUUAAAAAACUCUCCGGUAACGUUGCAAAACACGUCACUGUAAUAGGAGAACUUUCUUCAAUAGUUGCCAAACAUGAUCUGCUUCAAGUUUCAGAAAUCGAACAGGAAAUAGCAUCGCAAAACGAUCAUUCGUCUCAACUGCAAAGCAUUCGAAAAUUGGUAAAUGAAAAAAACGUGCGAGAUUCUGAUGCAACAAAAUUGGUAAUGUUAUAUGCCUUAAAGUAUCGUAAUCAUGCCGGCAACGAAGUUCCCGCUUUAAUAAAACUGUUAAAGAAAAGAGGCAUUUCUAAUUUUUUACUAAACAGUAUAUUAAAUGUAUUGGAAUAUGCUGGGUCACAUGCAUGCGAAAAUGAUCUUUUCAACGUGGAAAGCGCCGUCAAGAUAACAAAACGUUUUUUUAAAGGUCUGAGCGGUGUUGAUAAUGUUUAUACUCAACAUAAACCACUUCUGCAUGAAACUGUGGAAGAACUUAUAAAAGGAAGGCUAAACGAAGACUUAUAUCCCAAUACAUCCAUUGGUAAUCAACAUUUUAAUGGACGCGUUCAAGACAUUUUCGUGUUUAUGAUUGGCGGAACUACUUAUGAAGAAUCAUAUUCUGUUUUUACAUUAAACGCAACUUAUCAGGGGAUAAAUAUAAUUCUUGGUGGAACCACUAUUCAUAAUUCGAAAACGUUUUUAGAAGAAGUUGAAAAUGCGGUAAAAAAUAUUCCCAAAAAACACACCAAACAUUUAAGUCACCUUGUAGUCUAAUAGUUUAUUUAAAUUUAUUUCCUGUUUUUUGUUGUUUCUGUGAAAUAAAAGGUAAAUUUAAAAUACA